GGGUAGACCUAUACAUAGGACAUUUUUAAGCCCGUGGCUCCGUCAAACAAGUGGAUUAGUAUGAGAAAUAAUAAUGCGAUAGAUAAUAGCUUGUUUAAAACGACGGGAAACCUUUGUAACCUCCGGUUUGCUGUCAAUCCGGAACGGAAUUCGCCCCGACCAACAUCAUCACAAUGACGUCACGUUUUUGUUAGUUUCAGACAAAACUGGAUGUAAUCUCUGCUAAACUAUUAAUGUAGGAACAAAUGGACUCGCAGCUACACAGAUUGACACUGAACUGACUCCAGACUCCUCUCUUUAACAAUUGGAUUGUGCUGAAAAAAAAAUGGAUGGGGAUACGAAACAGCCCUUGGUGGAUGACAAAAGAGAGUGUAAUCUACCAAAGAAAAUAAAACAAGGUGGAGAUGCAGCCAGUUGCAAUUCUGAUAAAGAAGAAGAGUGUUACACAGAUGAUGGAGUAGAUGAAGUCGUAGAUGAAAGGAGUCCAAACAAGAACAGUGGUGAUGCAUCUUCAGAAAUAAACCAGAGAGUGAAGCGCUUACAAAAGAAGCAUGUUAAAAGAUUGGACACUGAGCAACCUAAAGACACUGACACAAGAGUCUAUAACCAACAGAAGGAGAGUAAGAAAGAUACAGAAGAAGCCAGUGCUCAGUCUGAUGAGGAAAGAAAGGCUUGUGACACAUCAGUUGGAAAAUGCAUCAAAGUCAAGAAUGAAAACAAUGACGUGCAACCUGCUGGUGAUGGCCCAAGACAGAGAAUAUCCAAUAAGAAAAAAAACCUAGCACAUCUGGGCAAAGGUGACAUUCCUGACCAUGAUGCUGAAACGAAAAGGAGCUCAGUUGCUGCUGAUACUUUCAGUUGGUAUAUAUUACUUGCAAUAUUACUUUCUCUACUUGCUCUUGUGGUUUUGAUUUUUUGGUUUGUGAGAACCUCAUCUCCCCCUGUGGAAAAAGAGUUUACCUUGCUGGAGAUAUUUUAUCAAGAAAUGGACAAGGUGCAAGAAAGUUUCCCCAACCAGCACCGUGAAGUUUGGCGAAGAAGCAGAAUCCAUCUAAAGGAACAUCUCAAUCUGACUAAUCCAACUGAACCAGUGAGUCUCAUCUUAACCUCUGGUCGUGAGGCUGAGAAGACUCUGGGCUGUCUGGCUCAACGGUUAGCUGCAGCAUUUUCUAAUGCUGUUAACUCCUCAGUCCUGGGUAUUGAUGGAACCAGCAAAAGUGCACAAAACAGUGACGAUGUUAAGUUGGACAUUGAUAAAACACUGAAAGAGGCCUUUGAGAGCGGUACACAGGCAGCGGUUAUUCACCGUUUUGAAGAGCUUCCUCCUGGAUCUACACUCAUCUUCUACCGCUAUUGUGAUCAUGAGAAUUCUGCCUUUAAGAAAGUCUUUUUGGCUUUCACUGUCAUGCUACAGGAAGAGAUGGCUUUUCCACCUAAUGUCAGUCUGGGAAUGGUGGAGGAGAUGGUGCAAGAGUACUUAAAAGAGAAGUUUGUCUCUUCUGACAGGACUGUUGAGUUUAACAAGAUGGAUUUAGACAAGCUAAGUGGGCUCUGGAGUAGAAUCUCUCAUCUCAUCCUACCUGUAGCUGCAGAGCAGAAGAUCGAACAGAAUGGAUGUCAAACAUAAAGGUGACUUUCUGUGAACUGAACUAAAGACUUAUUAUAUUAAGUUCACGUGUGUGUGUGUGUGUGUGAGAUAGUGAGACUGAUAAUACUUGAAUUCAUUUAUGAAUAUUCAUUAAGGUGACAGGUUAAGGUUCAUCUAUAAUUCUUAAUGAUGUAAUUAAAAUAUCUGUCAAUAGAAAUCUUGCAAAGGAUCUAACAAUUUUUUCGCUUCUACAUUUUUCUACACAGCUCAUUUAAUUUCAAUCUCAGAAUGCAUAUGUAGUUAGGAGUUAGGAGCAUGAGGACAGGAGCAUUAUUGAGUGAGCUCAAUAACUUACAAAUGGCACUGAAAUGUAAAUGGACUUGUAAAUGUUUUGAGCAGUCUUUAUAUGUAAAAUGACAUGAAUAUAUUUGAAAUAAAGAAACAUUUUAAUUGUUUAAUUCAA